UAAAGUAACGCGGCCGAGGAAGGGCUGUGCCGCGGCUCAUACGGCAACGGCAAAAGAAGUACCGCGGGGGGUGUGAAAGUAGCGCGGGUCGCGCUGGGUUCAACUUCGCUCCGUGUCCGAUACAUUUUUUGUACCCCCCCCCUCCUCCUCCUUCGACGACGACGAAUAAGAAGAAAUUAGUGGCUGUUUUUUGUGUGUCGCUACCAAAUUUUCCUUUCCUCGAUCCGAAGGGGAAUGCUGAUCGCGGCGGCGCGGGCUGCGUGCUGAUCGGAGCCCACGAUGUGGCCGCUUCUGCGACUGCUGCUGCUGCUGUUGGUGGCAGCGACUCCGUUCGCCGAGCUGGCGGGAGGCUCCACAGCACCGCCACCACCGCUGCUCCUCUUCGCGAACCGCCGUGACGUUCGACUUGUGGCGACCACACGCCCAGACGGCGCUGCGGGUCCCCCCGCGAUUGGCGCCGGCGGUGGCGGCGGCGGCGGCGGUGUCGGUGCCAGCGUCGCCAACUCCACGGUGGUGGUGGUGGGUGGCCUGGAAGACGCCGUCGCCGUGGACUUCCUGUUUGGAGAGUCCGCUGUCUACUGGACGGACCUGGGCGAGGAGGCCAUCAAGCGAGCGUCCAUCGUCAACGGGACGGCAUGGGGGGGAGCGGCGGGCGCGCCGCCGUCGGCGGGGGCCGGCGCGUGGCCGCAAGUGACGAUCGUGGCGACGGGGCUGGUGUCUCCAGAUGGGCUGGCGUGCGACUGGCUGGGGCGCAAGCUCUACUGGACCGACUCGGAGACGAACCGCGUGGAGGUGGCCGAGCUGGAUGGCUCGCACCGCAAGGUGCUCGUGUGGCAGGACCUGGACCAGCCGCGCGCCAUCGCGCUGCACCCGGCACAAGGAUUCAUGUACUGGACGGACUGGGGCGAGGUGCCGAAGAUCGAGAGGGCGGGCAUGGACGGCACGUCGCGCUCCGUGCUCAUCAUCGACAACAUCUACUGGCCCAAUGGCCUCACGCUCGACUACGACGGUGGCAAGCUCUACUGGGCCGACGCCAAGCUCAACUACAUCCACCGGUGCAACCUGGACGGCUCCUUCCGGCAAGACGUGAUCGCGGGGAACCUACCGCACCCGUUUGCGCUCACGGUGUUUGGCGACACGCUCUACUGGACCGACUGGCAGACGCGCUCCAUCCAGGCGUGCCACAAGGAGACGGGCGAGCGCCGCCAGGAGAUCCUCUCCAACAUCUACUCGCCCAUGGACAUUCACAUCUACAGCGCACAGCGCCAGCCCGCAGGAUCGAGCCCCUGCGAUCGCGACAACGGAGGCUGCUCGCACCUCUGCCUGCUGUCGCCGAACAAGCCCUUCUUCUCGUGCGCCUGUCCCACCGGCGUGCGGCUCCUGGACAACAACAAGACCUGCCGCAACGGCCCCGCGGAGUUGCUGCUGCUGGCGCGACGCACCGACCUCCGCACCAUCUCGCUGGACACGCCGGACUUCACGGCGGUGAUGCUGCCGCUGGAGGGCGUGCGCCACGCCAUCGCCCUCGACUUCCACCCGGGCGAGCACCACGUCGUCGACCGCCACCCGCGCGACGACGCCGCUGGCGCCGGCCCUGACGGCGAAGGUGGCGGUCACGUGUACUGGACGGACGACAACGCCCAGACGAUACGACGCGCCAGGCUCGACGGCUCCGCCAGCGAGGUGCUCGUCUCGCUGGAGAUCGAACACCCCGACGGCAUCGCCGUGGACUGGGUGGCGCGCAACCUCUACUGGACCGACACGGGCACGGAUCGCAUCGAGGUGGCGCGCCUCGACGGCUCGAGCCGCCGCGUGCUCGUGAGCGACGGGCUCGACGAACCCAGGGCCAUCGUCCUUGACCCCAUGGCCGGCUACAUGUACUGGAGCGACUGGGGAGAGAUGCCCAAGAUCGAGCGGGCUUACCUGGAUGGGACGGAGCGAUCGGUGCUGGUCAACACCUCCCUCGGCUGGCCCAACGGCCUCGCCCUCGACUACUCCGAGGGCAAGAUCUACUGGGGCGAUGCCAAGACCGACAAGAUUGAGGUGAUGCGCGUGGACGGUACGGGGCGGAAGGUGCUCGUGGAGGACAAGCUGCCGCACAUCUUCGGCUUCAGCCUGCUGGGCGACUGGCUCUACUGGACCGACUGGCAGCGGCGCUCCAUCGAGCGCGUGCACAAGCGCACGCUGGUGCGCGAGGUCAUCGUCGAGCAGCUGCCCGACCUCAUGGGCCUCAAGGCCACCGGCACGCGGCCGCUGGGAGGUACCAACCCGUGCACCCUCGACAAUGGCGGCUGCAGCCACCUGUGCCUGUACCGGCCGGUGGGGCCGCGGUGCGCGUGCCCCAUGGGCCUGGAGCUGCUGGGCGACAUGCACACCUGCAUCCUGCCCGAGGCCUUCCUGCUGUUCUCGCGCCGCGCUGACAUCCGCCGCAUCUCGCUCGAGACGAGCCACAACGACGUGGCCAUCCCACUCGCCGGCGUCAAGGAGGCGUCCGCCCUGGACUUCGACGUGAGCGACGGGCGCAUCUACUGGACCGACAUCAGCCUCAAGAUGAUCAGCCGAGCGUACAUGAACGGCAGCUCGCUGGAGCACGUGGUGGAGUUUGGGCUGGACUCGCCCGAGGGCCUCGCCGUCGACUGGCUGGGCCGCAACCUCUACUGGGCCGACACGGGCACCAACCGCAUCGAGGUGGCGCGCCUCGACGGCUCGCACCGCCAGGUGCUCGUGUGGAAGGACCUGGACAACCCGCGCGCCCUCGUCGUGGACCCCGAGGAAGGAUUCAUGUACUGGACGGAGUGGGGCGGCAGCCCGCGCAUCGAGCGGGCGGGCAUGGACGGCUCGGUGCGCGUCACGCUGCUGGGCAACAUGGGGCGCGCCAACGGCCUCACCAUCGACUACGCCGAGCGGCGCCUCUACUGGGCUGACCUCGACACCAACCUCAUCGAGUCGUCCAACAUGCUCGGCACGGGCCGCGAGGUGAUCGCCCAGGACCUGCCGCACCCCUUUGGGCUCACCCAGUACCGCGACCACAUCUACUGGACGGACUGGAGCCGGCGCAGCAUCGAGCGCGCCGACAAGGCCAGCGGAGGCAACCGCACGCUCAUACAGGAGCAGCUGGACUUCGUGAUGGACAUCCUGGUGUUCCACUCGUCUAGGCAGGGCGGCUCGAACUCAUGCGCGGAGGACAGCGGCGGCGCGGGCUGCUCGCACCUCUGCCUGGCGCGCCCGGGCGGGUACACGUGCGCGUGUUCCGCCCACUACACCCUGAAGCCGUCCGACAACCGCACUUGCGUUCCCCCGAGCUCGUUCCUGCUGUUCAGCCAGCGCAGCAGCGUGAGCCGCAUGGUGCUGGACGAGCAGCAGAGCCCCGACAUGGUGCUGCCCAUCCACCCGAUGCGCAGCGUCCGCGCCCUCGCCUACGACCCCCUCGACCACCUCCUCUACUGGGUCGACUCGCGGCAGAACGCCAUCCGACGGGCGCGCGAGGACGGAACGCAGGUGCUGUCUCUGCUGUCGAGCCCCAGUGCGGAGCUUCAGCCGUACGACCUGAGCCUGGACAUGUUCGGCCGCCUGCUCUACUGGACGUGCGAGGCCACCAACGUCAUCAACGUGACGCGCCUCGACGGCCGCCCGCUGGGCGUUGUGCUCAGGGGCCCCAAUGAUCGGCCCCGCGCCAUCGUCGUCAACCCCGAGAGGGGCUACAUGUACUUCACGAACAUGCAGGACCGCCUGCCGCGCAUCGAGCGCGCGUCGCUGGACGGCACGGAGCGCGAGGUGCUCUUCUCCACGGGCCUGGGCCGCCCCGUCGCCCUCGCCAUCGACAACAAACUGGGGCGCCUCUUCUGGGCCGACUCGGAGCUCAAGCGCAUCGAGAGCAGCGACCUGUCCGGGGCCAACCGGCAACUGCUGCAGGACAGCCUGCUGCAGCCGCUGGGACUCACGGUGCUGGGCCAGUACCUGUACUGGAUCGACAGGCAGCCUCAGCUCAUCGAGCGCGCCGAGAAACUGAGCAGCGCCGGGAGGACCAAGAUCCUGGCACGAGUAUCGCACCUGACGGCUCUGCACGCCGCGCAGGAGCUGGACCCUGCCGCAUACCGGAGCCACCCGUGUGUACAGGACAACGGAGGCUGCUCGCACUUGUGCAUCGUGAAGGGUGACGGCACAACGCGCUGCUCCUGCCCCGUGCACCUGGUGCUGCAGCAGGACGAGUUAACCUGCGGAGAGCCGCCCACGUGCUCGCCGGACCAGUUUGCGUGCCUGAGCGGCGAGAUCGACUGCAUCCCGCUGGCGUGGCGCUGCGACGGCUACGCCGAGUGCUCGGACAAGAGCGACGAGAGCGAUUGCCCCGUGUGCCACCCGGACGCCGAAUUCCAGUGCCGCAGCGGGCAGUGCGUGGACGCCGCGCUGCGCUGCAACAAGGAGAAGGAUUGCCAGGACACGUCCGACGAGGAGGACUGCACCGACCCGUGUCUGGCGGACGAGUUCCGCUGCACCAGCGGGCAGUGCGUCAAGAAACUCCACCGCUGCGACGAAAACUACGACUGCAAGGACAGCUCGGAUGAAGUCGGCUGCACUCCCAUCGGCCCUGACGGUGAGAAGUCCGGCGUCGCCGAGUACCCGGUGACGAGCAUCGCGGGCGCCGUCAUCGGCGUGACUCUGGCGCUCAUCGUGCUGGCGGCGCUCUACUUCACGUGCCAGCGCGUCGUGUGCCCGCGCGUCAAGGCCGUCUCGGGCGGGAUCCCGCAGCCCGAGUUCGUGCUCAGCUCCACCGCCGCCGCGGUCGUGGGCCAGUCCCUGGGCGCGCCGUCCGCCAACGCCUGCGUGGGCAUCGGCGGCGGCCCUGGCGCCGGCGGUACCUGUAUCGGUAACGGUGGAGUGGGGCAGAACGGGACGGGGAUGACCAACGGAGGAGGAGUUCCCACGGGCCACGGAACCCUGGGAUACCCGCCACCGCCACCGGCCAUGCAGCCGGCGCUCGCAGGAGUGGUGCGUGGCGGCAAGAGCUUGCUGAGUGCCGUGAGCCUCACCGGAGGGAGCAGCGGGCCCGGCAUGUACGACCGCAACCACGUCACCGGCGCCUCCUCCAGCAGCACCAGCAGCAAGACGUCUUUCUACCCGAUGAUCCUGAAUCCGCCGCCGUCUCCCGCGACGGUGCGGUCCCAGUACACGACGGCCGAGUACCUCUACUCCAACAGCCCCUCCACCACGCGCUCGUACAGGCACUACCGGGGCCGCAACGUCGCCCCUCCGCCCACGCCGUACAGCACGGACGUGGGCGAGAGCGACUCUGCGCCCGAGCGCCGGCCGCUCACGCGGCCCAAGCGGCCGCGGCGGCCUCCCCCGCAGCACUUUGCUCCGCCGCCCACGCCGCACAGCCAGUACCUGUCGCCCGAGGAGGACAACAACGGCUACGAGGGCUGCCCGCCGUCGCCAGCGACGGAGCGCAGCUACUUCGAGCUCUACCCGCCGCCCCCGUCGCCCAACACGGACUCCUGCUGAGCGGGAGGGUCUGGGUUGGGGACGGGGACGGGGAGGGUGGACGGAACGGCUGCUGCGCGCGGGGACUGCCGAGUUGCUUCGAGGAGAAACGGCAACUGUCGUCGGUUGCCACGGGGCGCCGCUACCGCGAGCCGUUGCCAGACACGGGACUCCUGCUGAGCGGGAGGGUCUGGCUUGGAGUUUGGGGACGGGGAGGCGGGGGGUGGGGAGGGCGAGGUGGGGAGAGCGGCCGGCCCGGCUGUGCAGGACUGCGAGUGACAACCGGAGAAACGGGCGUUGGUUUGUCCUCUCUCCGUGUCGACCGGCGCUUUUUGAAAGCCGGCCGAACCUCGUUCUGUGCCUAGACGGUCGCUCCGUCCGUCCGUCCAUGGAAGACUGUUGACGCGCUGUACCACGUGCUUUAAUUUUAUAUAAAAUGCAAAAAUAAUAGGAAAAAAUGUAAAGAGAAAAGAAUUAAGAUGGGAGAGACGGGGAUAGCGCCACCCCCACGUCGUGGACUCGUAGCGCCCGCGUCCCGCGGUUUGGUGGUGCUCGUAUUUAUCGUCGCGCUGUCACGAGGAACCAAAGCGGGCUCGUUGUGUGUUUUCCUUCAACUCCGAGAUUCCUUGCGACCUUACCCCCACGUUCCCCCCCCCUGCGCAACAAACCCUCCCUGCCACCGGCACCGCACAGACGGUCGCUCUCCCCCGCGGUGAAAACCAAAGCCUUGGGGGACCCCGCUGCGAGACACCGGCGGCUCCCUGCGUUGACGGAAUACAAGCGUGGCGAUCGCAGGGUCCCCUCUGAACAUCCCCCGCUCCCACGCCACUCGGUGCAGCUGACCGAGAGAAGCGUACGCGGAGAGGGCAGAACGAUCACCCCCACCCUCCCGGUUCGUCACCAAAAGAGCCCCUUUUUUGUAACUUUGUUGUUUGCUUUUCAUUUUUGGUGUUCACAACGCCCGCCCCGCCCAGCCCACCCAGCCCACCAAGCCCGUCCACCCCGCCCAGCCCGUCCGCCCUGCGUCGACCCGUAACUCUGCAGCAGCUCACAGCUCUGUGGGGGAACCACUGGGCCAGAACCGACGGUUUUAAUGUUUUUCUCGGUUACGUGGUUCUGUUGGAACGCGAUCGCCUGUGGCGGCGUGGCAACCACUACCGCAGCGCACGCCGGGGCACUGCCCGGCAUCUGUGCCAGCGCCAGUUUUAUCGUCAGGUCUGAUCUAAAGUUCGAGGCCCCCCCCCACCACCCCCCUCGAAGCUCCCACGAGGGGAGGACGCAACGAGCUGUUGAAGGGUUUCAGAGGGUGGCCAAUUGUUUUUUUUCCCCCCAUCGUGGGCAUUCACGUGAGCGUCGCACACUCGUACGCCGCUACACUUGCGUUCGCUGGUGGUUUGUUUUGUUUUAAAGAGGCGAGAGAGAGAGACCCCAUCGUGUGCCACGUACCACGUUCUUCGGAGUUAUGACGCACUGUUUUAUCCGAUAUUUUAAAUCAAAAGUUGGGUUGGGAGGUGCGUCUUGUAAUCCGGCGUGUAACUUUAUUGACAAGCGGGACACAACUUAGGCUGGGGGGGGGGGGGGCGUGAUUCGUCUUAAGACUUUAUCUCUCCCGGGGGAGAAUUCGCGGUCACGGGCUGUUGGAAGUCGUCCAUUCCCGUCGGUUGUUUUCGCCCCCGCGUGUUUUACGAUCCCACACCGGGCGGGGAUUAGUUUGUCACGGGCACGAGAAUCGCUGUCGCGCCCCGCUCGGCGAAUCGACGUCGCGUGCGGGCGCGUCUCAGGCUCCCGACUCUCUCCCCACCGCACCGCGUGUUGUGCGAGUCUCCCCCCGCGUGGUUUACCUGACUUGUAAGGACGAAGAGAAAUGCUGUACAGUAUUUUUAUACAUCUUUUGGGGGGGGGGGGGGGGAAGAUCGUACGUUAAUUUAUAUAAUGGGGUCGGGGUUUAUGUUUUCAAUCUUCAUACAUAGUAUUUUUAUAUAUAUAUAAUUCUACGGUACACUACUUAAUUGUAAUAGAGGGAACGUGCCCAAGUUGUGAAUGAAGUUAAGACGCAUUGAAUGCCGGGCCGUAGGGGUGGGGGGGGGGUUAAGGAGUUUAAUUGGACUCCCGUCGUGUCAGCGGUUUAUUUUCGUAACAAACAUGAAAUGAACAGUCUGUGACUCACUGUUGCAUCGUUUUCGUCGUGCUAUUUUACAAAAGAAGUAAGUUAUUGGUUACCAUCCACCAGGGUUUAAGGGUCACCUGUAUAAAACAACAAAAAAUUAAUUACCAUGUUGUCUGAUGACCGUGACUGCCCAACCUACUGACCCGUGCCUUGAACUGACCUCCCUUGACCUCCCUGACCCCCUCAACAGCUCCAUGGAACUUCCCAGUGUGACGAUGACCUAUCACCCUGUGAUACUUGGGGCCGGGUUCGUGUGUUGCUCUUCCCUUUUCGCUUUUUGGUCGAACAUAUUUUUUUGCCCGAUAAGCGUCUCCAACUUUCGACGUGGUCAAGAGAGUCACCACCGUGGCUGUUGUAGCCAUCGAUUCCGCAUCACCUGGGGGCCACCGUUCUCCCUUCACGCCACGCCACGCUUGUUGUUGUGUUUCGUUUGUUGUCCUACCACCGCACCUCUGAUUUACUACGGUUGGCUACGUCCAGUGCGAAAGAAGUUCAACAUACGCGCGUGCGUGCAUGCGGUCGCGAUGAAGUUAAUGGGCGGGCUUCAGGAAACUUGCAUCCCCGUCACCACCACAUGGCUCUCGGGCUACCCCUUGUCACACAACAACAACCGCCGUUCACCACUAAGUGGCGGUGACGUCACCACGACGCUUGUGCCAGGCCAUGUGCACCUUGAGGUCACACGCGCGCACACACAGUCGACGGCGUUCGACCAAGAACCGCUCUCGCAAGUCUCAUCAUCUCCGCCGCCAGCGUGGCCACUCGUGGUCUACACCCCGUGCCACCGACCGCUCCGUGGUGCCACCCUCGCGUCCGUCUCAGCAGGCUGCCCUUCCUUGCCCCCAUCGCGCACGCGUUGCAAGCCACCAUCGCGACAUACUUCCUCUCGAUCGUCGUCACCGCCGCUUGAAAACGGUCCACGUUGCUUAUCGCAUUCCGUGACAUUUCUGACAUCCUCCCCCCCUCCAGAAAAAAACAACAGGCUUGUAUAAUAAUUAUUUGUUAAAGUGUAGCACCCUUGAGCCGUAGAGCAAACGAAGGACACUACUCCACAUGCACCACUCGUCUCAACACUACAGGUGACGUCUACUCGUCAACGAAAAGCAGUUAAUGUGGCAUUAUUUUGUUUUCCUCCAGCCGUUUCAUCAACACGUAAAUGUAAUUCUUGUUGCCUCGGCCUUCUUGAAUAGGAACGGAUGAGAUCGAUGUUCAGGUUGGAAAGCCACGUGGCGGCUUUCACGCGAGGCAGAAUGACUUUCUGGUGCUGCUGCUGCGUUGAAAUUUCCGAAUUUCGCAUGGGGGGGGGGAGUUUGUAAAAACGCGCUCUGCGGGUUUUUUUUUUGUCGGGUGAUGAUCGAACCUGGCCCCAAGACCUAUUUACCCCCCCCCCCCCAUCCAUCGCGUCUUCAUUCUGUAAUUGUAACUAUGUAAAUUAGUCUCUGUACAGUAUUGUGUAACUCAACCUUGUAAAGAAAUGAAUGAUUUUUAUAAAGAAAGUUUUAAUGAAA